AUGAAGCGUCUGCUGAAUGCGUCAACCUGGAGGAAGGAAGAUCAGCGCUAUAUGCAGCCCUCGUCCUCACAGCUUCUGAUCUCAAGGACAACAAGCUCACUCGGCAGCUCCAACCCACCGCGCCACUUCUCACCUGACCUGCCGGCAGGGAUGCCGAAUGAGAAAGACGUACUGCGCGGCCUAAACGAGCGCUUCGCCGGGUUUAUCCAGAAAGUGCAUUAUUUGGAAAGCCAGAACCGAGCGCUGGAAAAAGAAAUAGAGGACAUCAGAGAAAAAGCCAAAUCGUCCUCAUAUCUGCAUGAGCGCUAUGAACCGGAGUUGCAGGAGCUGAGGAAGCAGGUGCAUUCCAUGUCCGUGCAGAAGCAUCGCAUCGAGCUGGAGCAUCAGCAUUUAGCGGACGAGUUUAACACACUGAGAGAAAAAUGUGAAGCAGAUAACCGCGGCAGAACUGAAGCUGAGGAGAGUAUUUCUGCCCUUAAAAAAUACAUCGAGCACGCAUACCAAACCAAACAAGAGAUGGACAGGAAAGCGAACGUCCUGGCAGGUGAGAUCGAGUUCUUGAAGAAAAACCAUGAAGCUGAAGUCUCUGAGAUGUUAGCCCACAUGCAGGAGACGAGGGUUUCAGCAGGGGUGAGCGGUUUCGGCAGAGGUGAGCUCACGGCAUCUCUGAGGGACAUCAGGACACAGCUGGAAGGUCGCGCUAUCUGUAGCGUCUCUCAGGCUGAACAGCGCUUCAGCUCACAGCUGGCAAAACUCACUAAAGCUGCCGAGAGCGACAGGGGUGUUCUGAUAGCCAGCAAAGAUGAAAUCGGUCGGUUCAGGAGACAGCUACAGGAGAAGAAUGUGGAGCUGGAGUCAGCCAGAGGGGUGAGAGAAGCACUGGAGAGACAGCUGUAUGAUCUGGAGCAAAGACACACCGCCGAAAUCCAUCACUACCAGGACACCAUCAGACAGCUGGAAAAUGAGCUGAAAAACACAAAGUAUGAUAUGACAAGCCAUGUGCAGGAGUACCAGAAUCUGCUCAAUGUGAAAAUGGCCUUAGACGCUGAAAUCUAUUCAUACAGAAAAUUGUUGGAGGGCGAAGAGUCAAGGUACUCUACUUUAUCUGAAGCACAGUUAUCAGCACCUUAUGUUUAUAGGCAAUCACCUAUUUAUACCCUACCUAGCGUUACAAGGAUUGGAGAACCAAACAGGAAAGCAGAGCCGCAGUACAAGUUCGUUGAGGAGAUCAUAACUGAGACUACCAGGGAAGACAUAGAAAUACUGGACACAGGGUCUGAUGAUGCUGAAGAUGCACACGAAUGUGACAAAGUGUGCAGUGACGAGAUUACAGAUACAGCAGCAGAAAGUGUAGAGCAGUCUGAAAAAGAGGAGACCCACAAAGCAGCCACUGAGAAUCAGACAGCCAGUCCCAGUGCAGAACAACUGGAAAAAGAAAAUGAAUCAGUAGAAGCCUCUAUGGAAUGUAAGAAAGCUGAUAUGGAUACUAAAGAAGCACAGAGCCAAUUAACUGAAUCCGAACACACUGAAGAGAAGGAUGAAGAUGAUAACACCAAAAUUGAUGACACAAGCUCCAAAGCUCAAGAGCCUGAUACAGAAACAAAACCACAAGCAGAUAUAACCAAUGAUGCAGAGGUAGCUGUAAAAGAAAAACAAGACUCAGCAAAUGAGAGUCUUGAAAAGAUCAAACAGCCAAAGUCAACAGAGCAAAAAACAGAGCCUAUAACAGUGUUAACUGAUUCGGAUACGUCUUUGCAACAAGACUCUGCUCCACAAGAAAAACUCACAGAAAAGAGCUCUCAAAAAUCAGAGGACAAAAAGGUAGAAGAACUAGCAGUUGAGUCUAAAGAUGCUUCAGCUAAAACAACUAAGAAAAACAUGGAGGCUAGUGAGGUGAAAUUAUUGGAGGUAGAAGCACCCAAUGCUGACUCACAGCCAGAAUCUGAAAAAGCUGAUGCAGAGCAGGAGACUCCUUCUGAAAAGGCCAGCAAAGCAGAAACAAAAGAGAAUGCCUCGAAAGCUGAUGUGCAUGAUUCUCAAGCGGAGAGCAUAAAGAAUGAUGCAGAGGAGGUGCAAAAAAAGCUGUCGAAGGACGAAAAGAAGCUUGAGGCAAAAACACCUACAGAAGAAAUAAAAAAAGAAUUACCUUUAGAAGGCAAAGAAAAGAAAACUAAACUUGAAGAGCAGUCAGAGAAAAACACGGAGAGCAAAUUGGAAGUUGAUACAGAGACUGUACAAACAGAAAAAGAAAAAAGUGCCCAGUCAAAAGAAGAGCAAAAAAUACAAGCGGAUGAAAACAAAUUGGCAGGUAAUGGAACAGAAGCAAAAGAAUCCAAAAUAAAUGAAAAUGAAACAAAAGUGCAAGAAAAAGCAGAAACAAAGGAGAAUGCCUCAAAAACUGAUGUGCCUGAUUCUCAAGCAGAGAGCAUAAAGAAUAAUGCAGAGGAGGUGCAAAAAAAGCUGUCGAAGGACGAAAAGAAGCUUGAGGCAAAAACACCUACAGAAGAAAUAAAAAAAGAAAUACCAUUAGAAAGCAAAGAAAAGAAAACUAAACUUGAAGAACAGUCAGUGAAGAACAUGGAGAGCAAAUUGGAAGUUGAUACAGAGACUGUACAAACAGAAAAAGAAAAAAGUGCCCAGUCAAAAGAAGAGCAAAAAAUACAAGCGGAUGAAAACAAAUUGGCAGUUAAUGAAACAGAAGCAAAGGAAUCCAAAAUAAAUGAAAAUGAAACAAAAGUGCAAGAACAAGCAAACAAUGAAGAAAGUGCAAAAUCAAAAGAAGGAGAAAAAGAGCAUGAUCAAAUGCAAAACAAACCAAAAACUGAAGUAAUGGAGAAAAAAUCCCAAGAGCAAUCUGAGAAAACUGCAGUUGGCACUAAAGAGCAUGUUAAAACCAAUGAAGAGGAAACAACCAAGAUUUCUGUACAGCAGAAAAAGGAAAUUCAAGACAAAACUUUAGAAUCUGUUAAAAAGGAAACACCUAAACAAGAUAUGGAGAAAAAAGAUCCCCAAGACCCCAAACUGGAAACGUCUGGCUACACAAAAGAAAUUGAAACUAAGGAUGAAGAGUUGGAUAGAACACCAUCUAAAGAAGUUCCCAAGACUUCAUCUGAAAAAGAACAAAGCAUAGACCAGACACAAAAAGACAAAGCCUUAAAUGAGACAAACACAAAAGAUGAGAAAUCAGACAAACCUGAUACAAGCAAGGUAAAGGAAGUCAGUCCCAAGGUGGACAGCACAAAACCUAAACAACCUGAAGAGGAUCCUACACUACUAAAAGACUCCAAAAAGCCUGACCAAACUGCAGAGUCUAAAGGGAAACAGGAAGAUUCAACAGAGGAAAAAGAAAGCAAAGCGGAGAAAGCAACCAUUAGCAACAUUAAAGCUGGCACAGACCAGAAGGCCAAAGAUGUGUCAGCUGUGACUGAGAAUGGAGUAAAAGCAUAAAAGAAGUUCUGAGACCUUCCCAUAAGCACACAAUCACUCAAUAACUGAGAUGAACGUGGCACAAAUGCUUUAACGCUUCAUAUAGCAGGCAACACUUUCAUGACACAUUACUGUCAGUAAAAAAAUUUUAAAGUCAUUAGUUUAAAUAUAACCUACACCUCAAGUCAAAGCAGAGAAUGGUAAAGCAUUUCGCAUCAUUGCAAUCAGUCCUUAAUGUGAUCAUUAACACAAUACAACUAGCAGAAUUGAAAAUUGAGUGGCACAGGGAACUAUUGUUAGACUGAGGUUUAGUAAUAACCUAAAUGCAGCUUAGGAGCUUUGAUCACAAAUAAAACAGUAUAUGCAUGUGCACUAAUAUCUAGGUAAAAAGCCAUGCUGAUAAAUAAAUCAUAAAAGGUAGAAUGUUUACUGUUUAUUUAAAUAAAAUAUUUUGCUAUGAUACCACAGAUGCUUAUUUAAAUGUGUAUAUCAUCAGAAUGCUAUAUAUUAUCACAA